AUGACGCGAAAAGAGAGCCCACCCCCGCGCAGAAUUAUGGGAACGUGGAGCCGGACGAGUGUGUGCGUGCGCGUGCCGGAGAAGGGCGCGCGCGCGGUGAUCCCGCGGCUCCAUGUCGCAGGGGUUGCUGGGAGCGAGGGUGAUGACAACGCUCCCUUCUUGGAGCGGGCUAGCAGAAAAACCAAAAAGAAGGAAGGUGGUGCCAAACGUGCUCAGAGAGCGUCUUCUAAUGUCUUCUCCAACUUUGAGCAGACACAGAUCCAAGAAUUUAAGGAAGCUUUCACAUUAAUUGAUCAGAACAGAGAUGGAUUUAUAGAUAAAGAAGACCUGAAAGACAUCUAUGCUUCUUUGGGUAAAACAAAUGUAAAAGAUGAGGAGCUAGAAUCCAUGCUCAAGGAAGCCACUGGACCCAUUAAUUUCACAAUGUUUUUGAAUCUCUUUGGAGCAAAGUUACUUGGUAUGGAUGGGGAAGAGACCAUACUAAAUGCAUUCAGAAUGUUUGAUCCAGAUGGUAAAGGACACAUUCACAAAGACUACUUAAAACGCAUGAUGAUGACACAGGCUGACAAAUUCACUGCUGAAGAGAUAGACCAGAUGUUCAAGAGUUCCCCUAUUGAUGCAGCAGGAAACUUGGAUUAUAAGUCUUUCUGCUACACUAUCACACAUGGAGAGGAAAAGGAAGAAUAAAGAGCACAAACUUGUUAGUUGCACUAAAUUCUCACAUUGGGUUAAUAAAUAAAAAAUGAACUAAUUUUUUUU